GAAGGCUCCCAGCUGGCUGGAAUGUUAGAGAAGUUUCUGGACUUGGAGAACACACAUUUAUUUAAGCUCCUGCCAGGGAUCUGAAGAUAAAGAAGCAGGAAGAAAGAAGAAACAAGGCUCUCGAGUUUGGAAGUUUCUCAUUCCCACAAAGAGAUUUUCAUCUGGGUUUUUUUCCCCCCUCUCCUCCUCUUUCUCUUGUGUGGGAUUUAAAACAAACAGGAAACUUUGUUCUCUCCUCUCGCUGCUUUCUGCAUUUUUAAAUCUUUGAAUGAUUCAGCUCUAAUUUUUUUUUUUAAAUUUUGUUGUUUUGGAGGCCAGGAGGAUUCUGGUAUAAACUGCCUGUCAGAAUCAAGGCACAGCAGUUCCUCUCUCCUUGGUUUGGGGGAGUGGACAAAUCUUUCUUGGGAAAUUCUUCCACUGAAGCUUGGCACUCAGGAACAGAAAAGCAAACACAGACAUUUCCUGGGGCAGCUGGUGCACCAGAAGCUGGAUAAGGUCGGAAGAAUUUUAUCCUCUCUUGCUGUUGCAUUUACCAUAGAAUAAAAUCAUGGCUGAUGGCCAGAUGCCCUUUUCCUGCCAUUACCCCACCAGGCACCGAAGUGUCCGAGACCGCUUCAGAGAGCCCGGCUUGUCCUCUCGACUCCUGGAUGAUGACUUUGGCAUGUGCCCUUUCUCUGGGGACCUGACUGCAGACUUGCUGGACUGGGCUCGCCCGCGACUGACCAGUACAUGGCCUGGUCCACUGCGGUCAGGAAUGGCCCGAGCCUCCCCUGGCAUGUCCCCUCCUGGGUACAGCUCCAGGUUCGGCAGUUACCCUGAAGAUCGGAGUCCUGCUCCCUUCUCUGGGGAGCCCUGGAAGGUGUGUGUCAACGUGCAGAGCUUUAAACCUGAGGAGCUGACGGUGAAAACCAAGGAUGGCUUUGUGGAAGUGUCAGGUAAACAUGAAGAGCAACAGGUAGAAGGAGGAAUUGUCUCCAAGAACUUCACCAAGAAAAUCCAACUCCCAUAUGAGGUGGAUCCCACCACAGUUUUUGCUUCCCUAUCACCAGAGGGUUUGCUGAUCAUUGAAGCUCCACAAAUACCUCCCUAUUGUCAGUACGGAGACAGCAGCUAUGGCGCCGAGAUCCCAAUGGAUAACCAAGAAGCAACCUGUGCUUAAUGUUUCUUCCCCAUUCCCCUUUUUUCCCUGUUCCCUCCCUGAAAAGAUUUCUCCCCAAUUCCAGAUGUGAUUGCAUUAGUUGUGCGGACGUGUACAUUGAGUAUUUUCUUAAAGGGCCCUGUUUCCUCACAUUUUACAAACAUAUUCCAGUUUUUAUCAGAUUAAUUUUGCACUGGGAGAAGGUGGUGGGCUGUAGGCCUCCAGUAUCAUUACUAAUGUUAUUCUUUGAUUGCACCUAGAUGGCCUACGGGUGCAUAGAGCCCUAUUUUACUAGAAGUAGGCACUCAACAUACACACAGUAGUAGACAGUCCCUGUCCCAGUGAGUUUAUAAUCUAAACAGACAGAUGAAGGGUGGAAGGUGAAGUGACUCACCCAGGGUCAUUGGCAAAGCCAGGAAUAGAACCCACAACUCUCUUGAUCCCUAGAUGAGGGCCUUAAUUACUAGACCACACACUUUUUGUUCUUAAUAGUCACUUGUUUUUCUCUAUUAGCUGGCACCUAUCAGCACAGGCCAGAGAAUUGACCAUAGCAAGGUCCAAGCAGUGGUCAAAAUCCCCUUCUCAUGGGCUCUGCUCCUAGCUCCAAGCAUCCAUUUUGAUUGAAAUUGGGGUAGAUAACUCCAUAGCUUCAACUUCUCUCUUCAAUACUUCUUCCUCAGCAAUACGUAUCCAAUAUGGCCCACAGUUUCACCAAAGUUUUAUAGAGGUCUUACAUGCUCCAGUUUCAUUUAUCUGUAUAUCAGACAUAACUAAACAGAUGUCUUCUUAAUUGUUAUUUUGCUAUAUGUUAGAUGGAAUAUGUAUGACACUAUCAAAAAUCUCUUCAAUUUAAAUGUAACCUUUUAGUCAAACCAGUUGUACAUCUUUGUCAUUAUUUGAAAUACUAGUCCUUAAAAACCCUCUUAGCAGCAUCAGGGCUUGUGAUGGAAAGAUGUUGUUGCUUUGUAGACAGGCAAACAGACAGCUCUGACAUAUUUUGCAAUGUAAAAUGUGUUUUAAACCUUUUCUUUUUUUUUCCAACGAGAAUUUGUGCUUUUAUUGGACAAACUUGAUGAAUAAAACUAGUUGACAUUC